UUAAAAAACCACGAAAAUGAAAAAGACGUCUACUUCAACUUCAAAGCCUCUCUCACCUUCCACCAUCAGUCCGACAGUCAGCUUCCUUCUUUUCUAGGGUUACGAUUCCAUGAUUUGAAGGAAUCGUCUCCCCUUAUCCUCUUCCACUCCACUCUCGAAAAGAGAGACAGUUUUAUUUCGGUGUUUGGGCUGAUCUAUCCAAAAGGAAGGAAUAAGGAUGCAUAAUGGAGCGGAGACGCACUGGUGCUAUCAGUGCAAUCAGUCAUUCGGGCUCCGAGGUCAAGAAGUAAUUUGUCCCUACUGCCAUGGAGGCUUUGUUCAAGAACUAAGUGAGAUGCAGGGCUUUGCAUCAGAAGAAGAUGCUUUCAUGACUAAUCAGAGAGAUCUCCCUCCCCGGGUGCCCCGGAUAUUCGAUGCUAUGUAUGCUCUAAUGGGGGAAAACGGCCUUAAUGGGAGAAGCAGACUGAUGCAGUUUGUUGACCUGUUGACGAGAGAGGAAAUGGCUGGAAGAAAUCCUAAUUUUGAUGUGCGAGGACGGUCGGGAUUGGUCCCGGACCGCGGAUGGGAAGACGAGCUUUCUCCAAGUUCCUACUUCGUUUACCAGGGGCCGGUCUCUGGUUCAGCAUUUCCUCGCAGCGGAAUGGAAAGAGUGCCGAGGCAUGUUGACCUGGAAGAGUAUUUCACGGGCAUGGGGCUGCAAGAACUGAUUGAACAGCUCUCACUGAAUGACCGCAGGGGGCCACCCCCGGCCCCACGAUCUGCGAUUAAUGCAAUGCCUACAAUUAGGAUCACGCGGGCCCACAUUCAGUCUGACUCACAGUGCCCUGUAUGCAAGGAGGAGUUCGAGAUCGACUCAGAAGCAAAGAUGAUGCCCUGCCACCAUAUAUAUCAUUCCGACUGCAUCAUUCCUUGGCUGGUCCAGCACAACUCCUGUCCUGUUUGCCGAUACGAGAUGCCUGCUCAAGGAACUGUAUCUGAACUCAAUCCUGGAACUGGCCAAGGGAUCCAGAGCCCUAGCGGUCAGAACAGAGGCACUAGCAAUGGAGGUGGAAGAGAAAGCGGCCAUCAGAAUCCGGGUAGGAGGACUCGCUUCCCCAGGUGGCCUUUCCGUCCAUCGGGCUCCAACAGCAACCAACAACGCACUGAGUCGGGAGGGAGUGGUGGGUCUCCAAGCAUUCACGAACCGAAUCAUGAGAUGAAUUACAGUGGCUGGCCUUUCGAUUACUGAGGCGGGCCGUUCCGUGCUCUGUCAGUAUAGGGGUUGAAUAACAAUAUCGGUAUAGUGUUUUCAUACAAGUUGUUUAGGUUUCUUAUGUUCUGCUUCGGGUUUUCAUUGGACUUUCAGGCGACAGUCUCUUAUUUUCUGCAUGAUGGAUAUGUUAUGUCUUAUGUAUCUCUAUGCUCUGCAAAACCUUUUUGGGGUGAAACUGGUCCAACAAAUUUGGUCAGACAGCAAUGCAGUUGCAAGUUUAAAAGUU